AUGGUGGAAGAAGGAGGUGUAGUUGUGAACCAAGGAAGAGAUCAGGAGGCGGUGGAUUUGCCUCCAGGGUUUCGGUUUCAUCCAACUGAUGAAGAGAUCAUAACUCACUACCUUAAAGAGAAGGUCUUCAACAUCCGAUUCACCGCGGCUGCAAUUGGUCAAGCCGACCUUAACAAGAACGAGCCUUGGGAUCUACCAAGUAAGUCAAGUCAAGAUCUCCUUCUUCUUUUUCUUUCAUUUUGA